AUGUCUUCACCCAUUUUUGCCUCUGGUUUCCUUAAGCUUUCAAACUGCAAUGUACCAAGUGUGAGUGUGGGGGAUAAGCAUACUUCUCAGAGGACAAGAUACUUCCAACAACAGGAUCCUGAAGCUGGUGGAUCAAGCCAUGCCAUGGCUGGGCUGGAGAUCUGGACUUUACCAGUCUUUCAUAUCAUGAUAAAUGCUGUGACAUGCCCAGAAAGUGCAGGUUCCAGUGAACAGAGUAUCUGCCAAGCAAGAGCUGCAGUGAUGGUUUAUGAUGAUGCCAAUAAGAAAUGGGUGCCGGCUGGUGGCUCAGCUGGUUUCAGCAGAGUUCACAUAUAUCACCAUUCGGGUAAUAAUACUUUUCGAGUUGUGGGAAGGAAAAUUCAGGACCAUCAGGUUGUGAUAAAUUGUGCCAUUCCUAAAGGAUUGAAGUACAAUCAAGCUACACAGACCUUCCACCAAUGGCGAGAUGCUAGACAGGUGUAUGGUCUCAACUUUGGCAGUAAAGAGGAUGCCAAUGUCUUCGCAAGUGCCAUGAUGCAUGCCUUAGAAGUGUUAAAUUCACAGGAAGCAGCCCAGAGCAAGGUUACUGCUACCCAGGACAGCACUAAUUUGCGAUGUAUUUUCUGUGUGUUCUAUUUAGGUCCUACAUUGCCUAGACAAAAUUCACAACUGCCUUCCCAAGUGCAGAAUGGUCCAUCACAAGAAGAAUUGGAAAUUCAAAGAAGGCAACUGCAAGAACAGCAGCGACAGAAGGAAAUGGAACGUGAGAGGCUGGAGCGUGAAAGAAUCGAGCGAGAGAGAUUGGAGAGAGAGAGGUUAGAGAGGGAAAGACUGGAAAGGGAGAGAAUGGAGCAAGAACAGCUUGAACGAGAGCGCCAAGAACGCCAAGAACGCCUAGAACGAGAAAGGCAAGAUCGAGAGAGGCUUGAACGAGAAAGACAAGAAAGAGAACGACAAGAACAGUUAGAAAGGGAACAGUUGGAAUGGGAAAGAGAGAGACGAAUAUCAAAUGCUGCUCCAUCUUUCGACAACUCCCUGUAUAGUGCUCCACUUCCUGAAUAUUCCAGUUGCCAGCCUCCUUCAGCACCUCCUCCAUCAUAUGCUAAAGUCAUCUCUGCUCCAGUGUCAGAUGCCACUCCUGAUUAUGCUGUAGUGACCUCUGUACCACCUACUUCCACACCCCCUACACCACCACUACGACACUCAGCGACACGUUUUGCAACUUCUUUAGGUUCAGCCUUCCACCCUGUUCUGCCCCAUUAUGCUACAGUUCCUCGUCCUCUGAACAAAAACUCUCGACCUUCUUCUCCUGUGAAUGCACCCCCUUCUCAGCCUCCAGCUACGAAGCCUUUUGCCUGGUCUGCUUCAAACUUUGCACCCCUCCCUCCAUCGCCUCCAGUUAUGAUUAGCAGCCCUCCAGGCAAAGCCACUGGUCCAAGACCUGUUCUCCCUGUUUGUGUUUCUAAUCCGUUGCCCCAAAUGCCUCCGUCACCUACAGCACCCAAUGGGCUUCCUGAUUCUGUAACAUAUCCAGCACCUUCACCGUCUACCUCAGGUCCAGCAGCUCCACCUCCGCCACCACCACCUCCAGCACCUCCACUGCCUUCCCUUCCGUCACUGUCCCACUCUGGACCUCAAGCUUCUCCUCCUCCAAGCACCCCUAUUGCCUCAACUCCCUCAUCCAAGCCUAGUGUUCUCCCUUCUCCCUCUGCAGCUGCCCCUGCCUCUGUUGAGACUUCUCUAAACUCUGUGCUGGGAGACUCCUCUGCUUCUGAGCCAACCUUGCAGGCAGCCUCUCAGCCGAUUGAAACUCCGACCCAGCAGGGUAUUGUCUUGGGACCACCUGCACCUCCUCCCCCUCCACCACUUCCACCUGGUCCAACCCAGACUUCAGCAACACUCCCACCUCCCCCAGGUCCACCCCCUGCACCUCCAUUUCCAUCCUCUGGGCCACCUCCACCACCCCCUCCACCACCCCUUCCUAAUCAGGCACCCCUUCCUGUUCCUCCACCACCUCCUGCUCCUCCACUCCCCGCUUCUGGAUUUUCGGUGGCAUAUGUAUCAGAAGACAAUCGCCCAUUAACUGGACUUGCAGCUGCAAUUGCUGGAGCCAAACUUAGGAAAGUUUCACGGAUUGAGGACUCCUCUAGUCCAAGUGGAGGAAGUGCCAUUGGAGUGAACUCAACUUCAGCUAAGACAGACACAGGUCGUGGAAAUGGACCACUUCCUUUAGGUGGGAGUGGCUUGAUGGAGGAAAUGAGUGCCCUGCUGGCCAGGAGAAGAAGAAUCGCUGAAAAGGGAUCAACUAUAGAAACAGAACCAAAAGAAGAUAAAACUGAAGAUACAGAACCAUCAGCUUCUAAGACCUCUUCAAGCACACCUGAACCAACCAGAAAACCUUGGGAAAGAACUAAUACAAUGAAUGGCAGCAAGUCACCUGUUAUCUCGAGACCAAAAUCUACACCGUCUGCGCAACCCAGUGCCAAUGGAGUGCAGUCAGAAGGGCUAGACUAUGACAGGUUGAAGCAGGAUAUUUUAGAUGAAAUGAGAAAAGAAUUGACAAAACUAAAAGAAGAGCUCAUUGAUGCAAUCAGACAGGAACUCAGCAAAUCAAAUACUACAUAAAAAUUAAAAAAACAAAACAAAACAAAACAAAAAACUAAGGAUAUAAGACUUUGACCGGACAACAUAAAGUAACUACAUUUUGCGGGCUGUUAGAAGAAAAUGGAAAUAAACACUUGGAAUGAGGGAAAAAUCAACAUAUUAUGAAAGCUGUCACACAUCUAUGAUGACCUGCUAUUUCCCUCCCAGUUUGCUGCUUUUUUCUGACCUUUACAACAGGAUGGAAAAGAGUCUUAAGAAUUACUGUAAUGAUUAUGCAGAAAAUCCUAUACCUGUCAGGCAAGAUCACAGUGGAUUGAAAUAUUCUCAUGUCAAGAUAAAGUUGCACAUUUUUCAGAAUUCAUUGUUAAAACAAAGAGGAGAAAUGUUCCAGAAGGCUUUUCAGAGAGGUUUUCAGUGUUAAUGAAGGAAUUAGCAAGUUAUUUUGUUGUACUGCAAAUGUUUCUCAGGUUUUGUCUUCCUAUCACAUUUGAUAUUUCAUGAAUUAUUACAUGUAUAGGUUCAGAUCACAAAACAGAACAAAUGGAAAUGUAUGUGCUUAUGAAAAAUGGUUAUUUGUAAGAAAGUGACCUAAACAUGACUCGUCCAGUUUGGGGAGUUCUAGGAUGAUAGGAAACCUCUCUAGUUAGCCUUCAUGCAAUUUUGUAGAUUAAAAACAUAAAGUACAGUCCAAAUUUUUAAAAAUGUAGAUGCCUUCCUAAAUUGUUACAAUGCUUUACCAAAUCUACAUGAUACAAUCAGUGGUCAAAUGUUAAAAAUAGUAUGCUAUAGAUUUACUGUAGGUUUCCAGGCUUUUUUUAGAUUUAUGCAUGUGGACAUAUAACAAUCACCACAAAAUUUGUUUUUUGUUUGUUUUUGUUUUUUAUUACAGAAAGCAGUAUACAUCAUCACAAGCUUUUAGUAGCCUUUCCAGGCCCAGCCCCAAGGGAAAGAAAUUUUUAUUGGUGGGAGGAAAGAGGGGGGGGGAAUUAUUUUUCAUUUAAAAUUAAUUAUUUUUCUUCAAUAUAGUUUUCUCAGACAUUUUGUGCAUGAAUAAUAAUGAGGAAUAUUUUGUGACUUUAAUCAGUAACCAUGUUAAUAGAACCAGGUACUUAAUCUUUCUUUAUAGUUACUUGUAUCUUAGGUAACUUUAUGGUUCUGGGUUUCACGUCAUCUAUCUAUCCCUGUGGAACUCAAAAAGUUUGAUCACUGAAUUUGAGAAUCAUUUAAAUCCAUGUCCCUGCAGUAAUACAAGUACAAAUGUCCAGGACCUAUUCCUGGCCCUCUCUUUGAGGCUACUUUUGAAAUUUGCUUUGAUAAAUUAACAAGGAAAAGAAAUACGAAACUAUUAGGUUCACAAAAAUAAUGGGAAAAAGAGAAGGUAAUGAAGCACUCUGCAUCAUUUUCUUUAGUGAAUGAAGUAAGAUUUUGAU